AUGUAUGUUGCUGCAGCAUCUUUAGUCUGCUCCCUGGCAAUGACAGCCGACGUGUUCUAUGGAUUCCGAACCAAAAGGUUAUGGUUUCCAUCAAAGUACUUCUCGAUCAAUGCUGCUACUUUGUCAUUGUUACAAGUGGCAGUGAAGCUUCCCGUUGAUCUUACGACCCACAUGUGGGCUGUUACCGAUAGGCUUGCAAAGGUUAGUAGCCUAAUUCUUGUGUCAACCGCUAUGGGAAAUUUCAUGACUUCUUUUGGAUCCAUGAAUGACAAAGAGAUUUUGUUAAAUGUAAUUGCUUUAGGCAUUCUUGUAAUCACAGUCAUUGUUAACGUCUGUAUCCAAAUCAUCCAAAUGAGGCAUUUUCUAGGCAAUCGAGAAAUGUAUCUUGAGGAAAUCAUAGCUACUUUCUCCAUCCUCGUUUUGUUUGUUAUGUUAUCUGCUUCAGCUAUAAUGGUCCCAACAGCCAAAAGAUAUCUUGAAAUGAAGUACCAAGAAAGGCUGAAAGAAGAGGAAGAAAUCGAAAAGUCUGUGGAGUUUGAGAAACUCACAACGGAUAAACUAAGAGCAAUGAUCAGGAAAUACUGGGUGAUGGCAGCAACUAGUAGCCCUCAAUUCGUGAUUGCACGUUCUGUCACCUGUUUGACUUCAGGUGUAAUUUGUCUGCUGAUUGCUUUCCUUUUGGUAGAAGCUCAGGCUCGAAUGGCCAUAAAAGGUAAAACAUUCAGCAAAACAGAUUCUAACUAUGCUUGGUCGACGAUUUGGAUAGUACUUGCUCAAUCUGCUGGAGGGAUUGUGGGUACUAUUGCCCCUGCAUUCAGAUGGUUGACUGCAGUAAAUUUUGCAUACUCAGAGAAAGGCCUGAUGAGCUUUAAGAAUGCAUUCAAAAUUGAGAGUUACUGGACUCAGAUGCUGGUGGAUUGGAAGGAAAGCCCCUUGCCAUUGGAAAUUGGAGACAGGAAGUGGAGAAAAGUUCUUCAGGAUGUAAAAGGACUAAUUCUGAAUUUUGUCAUAAGAGUUCAGAUGUUGAUUGUUCUGUCCAGCAAGUCAGUUCAACUUAUCUCUGUCUGCUUCAUGAGUCGAAUCAUCUUGUGUUUCCACUGCAUCACAAGGUUGAAGAAUAAGUCCACCUCUGGUACAUCAGACAUUCAUGUGGUUUCCGAAUCUGAAUCAGAAGUCAAUACAGAACAGGAUCUUACCCGUUAUGUUCUGCUACUUGAAGGCGAAGUCGCGCAGGCCCCAAAGACCCUUAAAAACAUCUGCAACAAGGUGGAUAAGGUGAUCGAGAUGGGUAAAAAGCAGCAACCGAAGAACCUGGAAACCCUUCUACUUAAAGUUGACAACUUCAGCAGCUGGACAGAAAUGUAUGAUUAUCAAGUACCAAGUCUACAUUCUCAGGAACCUCCUAAUUGCUGGUCUUUACAUCUGGUGACCUUGACGACUAUAGUUAUCGCACUUCCAAACAUCCCAAUACAGAGGACUAGUGGGCUACUUACCAGCAUUAACGAGGGCCUCUUCUAUGUAAAACUUAUCGAGAAAGUCCUCGAUAGAAAUGAGGUUCGACUGAACAUCAGAAAAGCAGCAGGUGCCAUGUGGGUAGAUGUCGAACUAUAUAAAAAGUGGAUGCAAAUUGAUCUCGAUGAACUGUCUCGUAAAAGCAGGAACUCCAAGGAGGUACUACAAAAACUCUCUGAGCAAGCUGAAAACACAGUAAUGGAGUUUAUGACAAAUGGGAAAGAUUGCCGGAUAAAAGACUCUCUUAAUUGGCCUCUCAAGGUUAUAUCUGCUAAUUCAAUGUACCGAAUCACAAGAACUAUGCUACAUGAAAGCGAGAAUCCCCUAAUGGAUGAGGGAUUAUUCAACCAAUUAUCUACAACGAUUGCCGAUGUAAUGGCAGCAUGCCUUACCCAUUUAACUCGCAUUAUAACCAUGAAAUGUCACCAGAAUUCCAUAGAAGAGAGGGAGAAAAGUGUCCAUCAAGCAGCUCUCCUGUUAGGUAAAACUGAAGAAAUUCUCCAUAUUCUUCAGCAGCGAAAAGGACAGAGUUUGAAUCGAGAAAUCAGCAUAUAUUGA